AUGGCGCUGUACCUGUUUGCGCUGAUGUUGAACGUUUUCGUUCCGCAACCCUUCGAACAGCGUGUGUUCUUCAUCAUGUACAUCUCACUGACGGAAACGGCCAUGAUCCUGAAAACGCGCACUAUCUAUCGACAUUUCGAUACUAUCUGGAGUUUGUACGAAACGACACUGGGACCAUCGUUUCAACCACGGGAUGAGUUCGAACGAGAGCUGCAGAAUCGUACGCUGCAAGUUUUUAACCGCUGGUACUACGUUUACAUCUUUGUUAGUCAUAUGGCCGCAUUCGGUACUGGUAGCCAUCUGUUAAGUUCCGAGUAUCGGAUGCCCUUCUUUCCGUGGUUUUUCGGUGUCCGCUAUGGUGAUGAUGCGCGUGUUGCAUAUUACACGAUAUUUGCGUAUCAAUGCUUCGGCAUGUAUUUCCACAUGUUGCUAAAUACUGCCGGAGAUACGCAGCUUUGCUAUAUGCUGCAAAUGAUCGGCAUUCAGCUGGAUCUGCUAGCGAAGCGGUUUCGUAGUUUGAGUAGCUCGGAAGAGUUCGAUCGAUCCUUUGUACCGUUGGUGCAACACUACAACAAAAUCCACCGCAUGCUGUGCCGAGUGGAGAACCUUUUCUCGCUUGCCUAUUUUGUACAGUUCAGUGUCAGCGGUUUAGUGAUCUGCGCUUCAGCUUAUCAGGUAGCAUCUAUGCUUAACCUGAAUGAUUUUAGCAAACUGAUGAACGUGUUUUACAUGAUGUCCAUGACGAUGCAAAUCGGGCUACCGUGCUACUAUGGUAACGAAGUGACGUUGAAAAGUUACGCACUGACGAAUGCCAUUUACUCCUCGAACUGGUACGCCAUGAAGCACAGUAACAGGAAGAGUGUACAAAUGUUUCUGGUACGCACUAACAAACCAUUUGCUGCGACAGCGUUUCGGUAUUUUAACUUUAAUUUACCCGCCUUUACAACGAUCCUCAAUAUGGCAUAUUCCGUGUAUUGUGUGUUGCAACGCAAAGCAAAAAAUGUUUAAAAAGGCAUACUUAUCUCUCUUUUUUAGUAGACUCCAUUCUUCUUCUUGGUUUAACGUCCUUAGAGAGGUCAUGUCCGGUUGGGAUUUGUAGUCUGUCCUGUCGUAUGUAGUCGUAGGAAUUAUAUAAAUGUCAUUAACGUAUUGUUUAGCACAGGGGCCUCCUAACUUUUUAGAUGACGGGCCGCUUUGAGUGGAAUAGCCACAGCUGAGGGCCAAUUUCGGGAUCUCUCGGGCCCGCGGCCCGCCUCCCGGAGCUUGGAGACCCCUGGUUUAGCAUACAUACAAAAAAUAAUAAUGGUUUAGCCUUUGGUGUCUGAGAGAUUUGUAUUCUCCAUAUCAAUAGAAAAGUUAAAUGUCUCUGAGCGCUUCUUGGGAGUUUUACCUAAUUAUUGACAACAACAUUAAUAAAUUGUGCACCAUCUGAAUGAUUCAGCGUUACAUUUAAAUGUCGUUGGGAAAACACAUUCCUCUCAGCUUCAAAAUUCCCAAAUCAUAUCAAUUAAGUAUUCUAUAAAAGUGGCAUACAAUUAGCUCAAAUUUUAAUUAAUGGUUAUUAUGUAUAUACGACGAUUUUUAUAGAUGUCCGCUUUAACCUACCAGCAUUUAUAAUUGGUACAUCUGUUGCCAACAGAAAAAUUUCACAUUCCUCCCACCUUUACCUUGAAAUAAUUAUCACAUUCAAAUGUCCGGUUCAGUUUAGUGUUCGUAUAACACGGUAAUGAUUCCCACGUGCUACAAGAUUUCUCAACAUUUCAUUCCAUAAAGCACUGCAAACCACAACAGUUCUCUACAAUGAACCCU